GUCUAUAAUUACUGAAAUCGUGAGCCACGAAUUCCGUGGAGAUACGGUGACGUGGUGGUCGGGGGAUCCAUACGUUAUCUGGAUAUGUCGAUGUCACCGGGGUGUUUUGUGCUCCCCCCCUACAUCGUCUACUUUGCAUGUUCUCUUCCAUCUACCAGUUGUGUGGAGCUCAGUUGCUACAGUUUACAUUGGCGUUCUGGGACUGCAGGCGGUCUUCUUCAACGCAGUACGUUGCUCUCGGGAAGUUUAAUUUUGUAGAGAGAUGGGGUCGUUUAUGGGAUUGAAGAUGCCAACAAGCUUUAGCGCUGCACCUCUGAUUGGCGCAGGAGGAGCUCGUAUGGCGCCAGUAGUGGCUGCUGGGUUUACAGUGGCGCCGGAGUUUGGGUACGUGGUUUUGACUGCUUCUGCGAGCGUCAUCCUCACUCAAUGGCAGAUGUUUCAGGUGGCUUUCCAAAGGAGGAGGAGUGGUUUGAAGUAUCCUAAGAUGUACGAGGACGCAGAAGAUUCUCUGUUCAACUGUUACCAGCGAGCACAUCAGAACACUCUGGAGAGUUACCCUGCCUUCUUGACAUUACUUGUCAUCUCCGGACUUGCUUACCCAAUUACCGCUUCUGUAUUUGGCAUGCUUUGGGUGGUCGGACGCGUGGUCUACUCCCUCGGGUAUUACACUGGAGACCCUUCCAAGAGAUUCAGGGGCGCCUUCCAUAACUUCGGAUUGUGGGGCUUGCUGGUUACAUCCAUAGUGUUUGGAGUCCGCACGGUGAUGCCUCUCUUGUCUGCUUAAGGGAUUCCGAAUCCCCGUUCUACCUAGUCUUCCUUUGGCAGAGCUUUGGAGCAUUGGGGUUAUUCUUCUCAACGUCGAUGAAACUUCGACGAGGAGUCUCUGCAAACUGGUCGUUCUGCUACGACAAAAAUGGGUGCGAUCAGGAGAGGCGAUGCAGUGAGGUCGGACUCUAACUCCAUCUUUUAGAAGUCUUCGUCGAGUUCGUGAAGAAUUUCUGAUUGACGCAAGUAACUAGAAACAAGUUGUUGAAGGUUAGGCAGGAAUGUGGUGCAUUGUAGAUAGUAGAUGUUGGUAGUGGGCCGGUAGGAAUCAACAUGUGUUGAAGUUGUGUCCUAGAAAAAAAGUAAUAAAACCAGUGCUCGAAUUAUAAUUA